AGUUUUGUUUGAGUCACUUUCACGCAAAUCACUUCUGUCAUUAUAUAACAGUCUGUAGCCCAGACCCAGGCAAGUGGUAAAUAUUUACCUUCACAUCGGAGCCAAGGUCACCACAGGGAGUCACCGUGAAGCACCAUUGCCCUCUAAGACCUUGAGAGGGGAAACAGCAGAACGCCUGGCUGCUAGAGCUCCACUGGGACAGACGGCCAGGACCCGAGUUCCAGGGAACUUAGUGCUGAAACCUGUGUUCUCACUGUAGCCAGAUAACAGCUCUGCCCGAUGGCCCUCCUCUUCGUGUACGGCACCCUGAAGCGGGGCCAGCCCAACCACCGGGUCCUGCGGGAUGGCGCGCACGGCUCCGCAGACUUCCGGGCGCACGGCCGCACGCUGGAGCCCUACCCGCUGGUGAUCGCAGGGGAGCACAACAUCCCGUGGCUGCUGCACCUGCCCGGCUCGGGGCGCCGCGUGGAGGGCGAGGUCUACGCGGUGGACGAGCGGAUGCUGCGCUUCCUGGACGACUUCGAGAGCUGCCCGACCCUGUACCAGCGCACGGCGCUGCGGGUGCAGCUGCUGGAGGACCGGGCCCCAGGCGCAAAGGAGCCGCUGGCGCCCGCCGAGGCGCAGUGCUUCGUGUACAGCACGGCUACCUUCCCGCCGGAGUGGGCCCAGCUCCCUCACCACGACAGCUAUGACUCUGAGGGGCCACACGGGCUGCGCUACAACCCCCGGGAGAACAGAUGAGCGGGGCGGGCAGGGUGGGCCUAGGCAUGAGCGUCCUGGUGCUCCGAGAUGCUCCCAGCCCAGCCCAUGCUGGGUGAAGGCAAAAGCAGAACAGAGCCGUUUCCAAGGAAUCCACCGGAAAAGGAACCAAUAUUUCAGUGGCAUCGGAUUUUACAAAUAAUGUUGACAUGUAAGUAGCAAGCUGGUUCCCUCCCAUCUUUCCACCUGAUAAGAAAAUUGGAGGAUUUUAAUUCCCCUAAAUGGCAUUUAGAGAAUUUGUGUGAUCACACCCCAUUCUUCUUACUCUCCUCUUCCUCCUCGUUCGGUUGUUUUUGUUUGCUCCGCUUUGAGCUCAAGAUAACAUUUAGGAUCAAUGUAAAACACUUGGUGUUGCAGCUAGAUUUCAGCAGCGCUACUAGACUGAUGGUGGCCUGUAGUCCCUGAGAGCUGAUUUUAGACGGCUGGGUAAAAUUUAUAAAGAAGGUCCACAGGGAAAGUAUGCUGUGUAUCAGAGUGUGUACAGCACCAUUCUUCAUAUUUUUUUAUAUCAAGCUUCACAGCAAUAUUAAAGGUUAUUUAAAAUUGAAGUCAAUGUUUCGGGAAAU